GUGAUUCAGAGCUGCUCAGUCAUUCUAUGUAUGAAAACACUAAAGCUGCUGCUUCGUUUUCUACACUUUCUCCCCCCGAGCGGCGACGAGGACGCAGCGGAAGUAACCGAGGUAGAGAGAUCCCUGGUGUGCACCGUUCAGGCUGUAUGAGAGUCAGGCAUCAUGGAUUUGCAAGGAUAAAGGUCGAGCCCUGAGUGGCUCCUCCAUCACACUGGUGAUAACUGAGAAACAUCCGCUGCUCCUGAAAGCUGUGGAUCUAAAGUGGCACUUCACUUCCCUGUGGAUUCAGACAGUUGAAAACUGAUCUUCAGGUUUUGGUGAGGUCUCCCACGCCGAGCCGCAGCCCAUCAAGUCAUGGCGAUCAACGCUGACGUGGAGGACUGGGGGGGCGUUGGGAACAGCGACUCUGGAGAAAGGGCGUGGCUCCUGCAGAGCCCCAGCGUGGAAUCCGUGCAGCACCUUGAGACGGACAGGAGGAGGAGUGGGGGGGUCUCGUCUCUGGGAGCGGUCUUCAUCGUGGUGAAUGCGGCGCUGGGGGCGGGUCUGCUCAACUUCCCCGCAGCUUUCAAUAUGGCUGGAGGAGUGACUGCAGGAGUGACUCUUCAAAUGUUUAUGCUGAUCUUCAUUAUUACUGGACUGGUGAUUCUCGGCUACUGUUCCCAGGUCAGUAAUGAAGGCACCUAUCAGGAGGUUGUUCGAGCCACGUGUGGGAAAUUCACAGGAGUCCUUUGUGAGGUGGCCAUCGCUGUCUACACCUUCGGCACUUGCAUCGCUUUCUUUAUUGUCAUAGGUGACCAGCUGGAUCGCUUGAUAGCAGUUGUGGCUCAUGACGCAGUCAAUGGUGGCUUCUGGUACACUGACCGCAAAUUUACCAUUGUUGUCACUGCAGUCUUGGUUAUUCUUCCUCUCUCCAUUCCCAAAGAGAUUGGAUUUCAGAAAUACGCCAGUGCACUGAGUGUGAUGGGAACAUGGUACGUUACCGUUGUGGUCAUUAUAAAGUAUAUCUGGCCAGAUAAAGAGGUGACUCCGGGAUAUAUUCCCACCAGCGCUGCCUCCUGGACAGCGGUGUUCAAUGCAAUGCCCACCAUAUGCUUUGGUUUCCAGUGCCAUGUCAGCUGUGUGCCGGUGUUCAACAGCAUGAGCAAGAAGGAUCUCAGACCUUGGGGUCUUGUGGUCACACUCAGCAUGAUAAUCUGCCUCUUUGUUUACAUAGGAACAGGUGUCUGUGGCUUCCUGACGUUUGGAUCCAACGUCAGUCAGGAUGUGUUGAUGUCGUAUCCUCCUGAUGAUAUUGCUGUGGCCAUUGCAAGAGCUUUUAUUGUUAUCUGUGUCGUCACAUCCUACCCCAUUCUACACUUCUGUGGCAGGGCCGUGAUCGAAGGGCUCUGGCUGCGUUACCAAGGCGAGCAGGUGGAAGUGUGCGUGCGGCGCGAGCAGAAGAGGAGGAUCCUGCAGACCCUGGUGUGGUUCGUCAUCACCCUCGUCCUCGCCCUCUUCAUCCCAGAUAUUGGUCGGGUGAUCUCUCUGAUUGGAGGACUGGCAGCCUGUUUUAUCUUUGUCUUUCCAGGUUUGUGUUUGAUGCAAGCCAAACUAUCAGAGACAGACAGGCGCACUGCCAGCUGGCAUGGAUUAGUUAUCUUUGGUGUUGUCAUGGUUAUAAUUGGCACCUUCAUCUUUGGCCUCACCACAACCAACUCCAUCUAUCAAGACGUCCUCAGCUAAGAGGAGUGUUCAUCGUCUUCGUCAUUGAAGGAGGGGAAUUAUUAGUCCUGCUCUGCUAUUAUGACCAACUGGAUAAGACGGAGAAGCAUCUUUAUGACACUUAUUUCAACUAAAUCAUCAAUACCACUGCGGCAUGUGACAUCCCUGCGCCACACAGAGUCCUGCGCUCAGUCAGGGAGCAGUCGAACAUCAUAAAAUGCCCAAGUGGCUUCAGACACUUUGCCUUUUUAAUUUCUCUUUUAUUUAAAUUGCAUGUUUUAUUCUUUUUAUGGUGCUUUUAAGUUGCGGUGGUGAAAUGGCGUAGUCAUUCCACAGGCUUCAUUUGGCUAUGGAGCCUCUGCAUGGCCGACACAUUCCUGUUUACAAGAGCUGGAAGAAUUUGUAUAGAUCUUUUUUUUUUUUUUAGGUAACACAUUGUUUUUGUACUGUGACUCUAAAUCGUAUCUUUCUUAUCAUUGAGAAUUGACAGACGCUGUUUCCCACGUCUACACUUUGUCUCUGCUGAUAAUUGACCCACUUCUCAAGAUGUUUCUCUUUCCAAUGACAAAUCGAACCCAGUGAUGGGUUUGCACACACUAGGACACAACAUGGUUAAUGAGUGUUGUUAACUGCAGGGCUGAUUGAUUUGUUUACUUCCAGUUUUCAGGUUUUUAUAAUACAUUAACUAAUUGUAUUACACUUUAGAAUAGAUGCAGGGAGUCAUUCCUGGUUUCAUAAAGAUGAGAUGUUGAUUUUAUAAUUGGCUUUGAGGUAAAAUCAUGUUUAAGUUUGUACAAAGCUGUGAUCAUGAAGCCCUACAGGCCUCAAAAACAGGUUGGUUAAUAUGUGUGAAACAGCGAAGUGUCAAAACCACAUGGGACUGAAAACCACACGGGCCAUUCAUUUUGCACAGAUCUGCAGGUUGCGCAAGACAAGCAGCACAUCUGCCGUCAGGAUGUGGAAUCUCAAGUCUCUUCAGGGUGCAGGUUCCUGACAGAGCAGGGUUUUGAAAUGACUCCGUAACCGACGGUUUGAGUUGGCACUUGUACACGCUGCAACUGACACAGUUCAGGAGAAGACACUUAGUUGAAUGUUGAGCAGGAGGUUUGAUUAACAUCGCUCAAGAAUGUGAUUCAAGGUCAAGAAUGAUGUUUGUUUUUUGGCUAAAACCAAAGUGUGAAGUUUAUGUUGUUUGAUGCUCCUUGUCUAUUCAACACUAACAAUGUGAUCUGUUAAGAUGUACAUUAUUUCAUGAAAUGACAUGUUCAAUCAAAUUGCAAAUUAAUUUUAAGUAUAUUUAAACUGAACAAUCAAAGCUAAACUGACUUUAAUCCUGGUUUUACAUUUAUUCCUUUAACUUCAGGAAUUCUGUUUGAUCCAUAAUGCGAGACUGGCAGCCUUGUUUUGACCAGGUUUCAGUUGACUCAGCAAUAAGGUGUUCUACUUUUUUUUAGAUAUGAGGGACAAAUGGUAAAAGGGAUUAUUUUUUAAUUUUGUUAAGGUCCUGGUUGAUAAGUACAUAUUGUAAAAUAUAUUAAUUCAGUUUAUUUAUAGAGGGGAAAGAAGCUGCAGUUUAAACAUUAAUGCUGUGUGGGACCCGACAAUGUUCAUAGCGUCAAUUUUAUUUAAAUUUCUUUAAAGGUUUUAAACCAUUUGAGAUUUUUACUGUUUUACAAAUUUCCAAUUUGUCAAUUUUCAGGCUGGUAAAAUGUUCAACUUUUACUGAUGCUUUUGUAUGAAUCAAAUCAUGUGUCCCUGUCAUCUCACACAGAACUAUGACUCUGCAAAUUUGUCAUUCAUUUGGAAAAUAUUUUAAGAACCUACUUAUGAUGCUCAAAUAAAUUCCAGUCAAAGCA